CUUCGCGGAAGUCCAUCAUCACUCUUUGAUAAAAGACGCACACCUACAUACAUCCUCUCACUCCUUUUGUCGCCCAAAUUGCUCCGACGACGUCACAAAAUGGAAACGACUCUCACACACCGGCCAUGGGAGCCUGCCACAACGGGACCACAAAGCCUCCAAACCACUCAGACCCUCCCUUCUAUCUCGACAUUGACGGCGAGCAUGACGGGCAUUCCGACCCAAGCCGAGAAGUCGCCCGGAAAUGCGUCGUUGAACACAAUUGAACGAGACUCAGGGAACUGGUCGAUGCCUCAGAGUACGAGAUCUUCCACAUAUUCCACCGCGACGAACGGCACUGGCAACUACCCCUCCCUCUCAUUCCUCACCUCCUCUCAACCAUCGCCGAAUCGUAUCUCCCUCGUCUCCGAUCGAUCCCCGUACCCGAAUGACCUCUCCAGUACCACUACUCCCUCCUCAGCUGGAGCGCAGCCAUCACCCAAUUUCGGCCACGCUCAACCUCCGACGACCCUACCAUCCAUCAAUCAAAAUUACGAUGCGCCUUCACAGAGAGCCAGCAUGGCGGAACCGGCCGAGUCGCGGCGGAGCAGCGUGGAUAGCAGGAUGAACCAGGGCAUUAGCUCUCUCGCAAUCAAUCCGGCUUCUCCAUACCAUAGCACGAACGCCUCUCAGUCUUCGAUUGUUUCUGGCCUACAAAGAGAGCGUGGGAUCUCGAUGGAUGUCAGUAUGAACAAUUCUCACCGGGGUCCUCGCUACUCUACCGGACAACCCCUUUCUCCACUUGGCCCACGAGCUGGCGAGCAUCGCAGCUUUGCGGCUGGCCGCACUGCACCUGCCAUCUCAUCGAAUCCUCGGUCCGAAAUUUACAAUGCGGAGGCGCCCACCGCAGGUCUUGCAUACGCCUUUCCGGAUCCAGAUGUCGCCCGGUCGAAUUCCGUCUCGUCUACCACCAACAGACCUCUUGAGGGCCACCAAUUCACUCGCAAAGGAAGCACGGCAGAGUCCUUGGCCAGCAGCGUUUAUUCGGACGCACGCUUGCCCCGUGGACAGCAUGAACUUCCGCAGAACGUGCAUCACCACACGCUGCAGCAUAAGCAGGUCCGAGGCCUGAUCGGCGAGUCUGAAGCACAUGGUGGCAGCACUCCUUACAGUCGCACUCCGGAAUUGCGCGUCACACACAAGCUAGCAGAGCGGAAGCGUCGGAGUGAGAUGAAGGAUUGUUUCGAAGCGCUGCGCGUCCGUCUGCCCCAGAGCCAGAACAACAAGUCCAGCAAAUGGGAGACUCUCACUCGAGCGAUUGAAUAUAUUGGUCAUUUGGAGAAAAUGCUCAACAAUGCUCGCCGCGACAAUGACGUCCUCAGAAGUGAAGUUGAUGAAUUACGUACGCAGCUUAGCCAGCAGCAAGCCAACGGGCAGUCGCGCCAGGCGUCAAUAUUCGAGCAUCACACCAUCUCAGCUCCGCAGACAAACGGGCAGGUACAUGGACCGAUGUAUCCCAGUUACGCCCAGGGCACUGCAAUGACGCAAGAACAGCCGCGUACAUUGCCCCCUCUCAUGAACGGUUCUGUCGCGCCCAUGCAAGGUGUGCAGUACACCGAUGAUCGACGGUAGCUUGGUAAGGGUCAUACUGUCCCCAAAUCACAUCAAUUGAUGACGAGCGUGCGACGAACGCAAUGACAACGAAUUUCUCGUUAUUGCAACACUUCUGAUUCUUUCUUUUGCCUCCAUGGAUCUCUGUCAAGGAGAGUCUCGGGCGGUUUUCCUUGUC